AUGCACGCGCUCAGCGUCGGGGUGUUUGCGUUCCAGCUCUGCGGGUACGUGGCGCUGUCCACGUGGGUGGAGUGGCGAUGGUACCACCGUCGACGCGGGAAGGAGCGAGAGUGGAAGACGCAGCCGGGGAAGAUGCACGGGAAGAUCCAUCGUCGCGGUGCUGCCCGCGACGACGAUGACGACGGGAGAGGGCGACGAGGGUACUACGCGUGGGGUCUGCCCGCGCUCGAUCUGGUGAGGGCGAGUCCAUCCAAAGAUGGGAGGCACCCGUCGCACGCGUGUUACGCCACGUGCAACCUGGUCGUGUCGUCGCUGUUCGCGGGCGCGACGUGUGAGGCGUACCUGGCGGGCGAUGGAAAGUUGUUCGGCCUUUUUCGCUCCACCCUCGUCAACGCGUCCGCUUACUCGGUGGCCUCCGCGUAUUCGGUGCUCGUCGGCGCUGUGUUGGCGGUGACGUGGCAGAGCGUGCUGGAGUACUACUGGCACCGCGCCAUGCACCUGCCGCGGGUGUACCGUCUCCUGCACAAGUUCCAUCACCACUACAAAUCCCCGCAGCCGUGGGACGACCUGUUCAUACACCCGGCGGAGUCCUUCGGGUACUGUUUGAUACUGUACUCGCCGGCGUUUUGCGUUCCGUCGUUACCGGUGCAGGCGUUCUUAUUGUACAUGACGAUCAUGGGCGCGUGCGGGGUGUUGGACCACUGCGGGGUUAAGAUGCGUUGGCCGUUCGGGGCGUACGAUACGCAGUUCCACGACGUGCACCACCGUUCCUUCGACGCCAACUUUGCGUUUCCGUUUCCAACCAUGGAUCGCCUGCACGGCACGCACAGGGCGUCGUAGUUAGUGUUGACACGUAUUAGUCGGUGAACCCUAGCCGUGAACUCGCCGUUUCAUCA